AUGGGGAAAUUCAGAAGUAUCCUUCUUUUGUGCCUUGGCUUUCUUCUAGUCCAUGUAAGAGGUCAACGUGAUUUUGAUUUAGCUGAUGCUCUUGAUCACCCAGAGGACAUAAUUACCCGGAGGCCCACAGUGAUCAGAAGACCAACAAGGCCUGUGCUGAACAAUGAUCUGCAUUUAGGAGAUGCUCUUGGUGGGGGUGACAUCCCAAGAAAGCCUUUAUACCCACCUCUUCCUCCACGACCGGGAAGCUAUGGUAAUUCUGGUUUUGAUGACUCAGAUCUCCUUGAUGGGAAGCCUUUACCACCUCGCAUAACAGGAGAAGGGGAGCAUAAUUACAAUUAUGGAGGAAACACAGAUUCAGGAUUAAUAGCUGGAGUUACAUCUCCUAUAAUUUCUGCUUUUGUAAUAUUAAUUGUUGGAUCCAUAGCUGCCUACUCUGCUUACAAGAACAAGAAACUUUGUUUCAAACCACAGGGUAAGACCAAACUGGUUUCCAGCUUUCGCAGUUGA